UCCUCCCUGAACUGGGUGACCAUGACCUGCUGUGAGGGAUGGACGUCCUGCAAUGGGUUCGGCCUGCUGGUUCUGCUCCUGUUCGGCAUAGUUCUCAACGCGGUGCCUCUGAUCGUCAACCUGGUUGAGGAGGACAAAUUAUUUGAAAGUCCCAUCUCUUGUUUCGAGUGGUGGUUCCCAGGAAUCGUGGGAGCAGGUGUGAUGGUCAUUCCAGCAACAACAAUGUCCUUGGCAGCAAGAAAAAGAGGGUGUUGCAACAACAAGACUGGGAUGUUUCUUUCAUCCCUUCUCAAUGUGAUCACAAUCAUUGGUGCCGUGUACUGCAUGUUGGUGUCCAUCCAGGCUCUCGCAAAAGGUCCUCUCAUUUGUAACACUCCAGGCAAUACUAAUUGUGAAUUUUCACUGAAAAACUUAAGUGACAUCCAACCAGAAUCUUUCAAUCUGCACUGGUUCUUCAAUGACACUUGUGUACCGCCUGGUAACUCCAAUAUCCCCAACACCAACAAUACCUGGCCCAGCAACUGGACAGCAUACAGCCUGGAUUUCAGUUCGGAAGAAGACAAACGAAGGAUCAUCCACUUCGCAACCUUCUUAGGCCUACUGCUGGUUGGAAUUCUUGAGGUCCUGUUUGGCCUCAGUCAGAUAGUCAUUGGUUUCCUUGGCUGUCUGUGUGGGGUCUCCAGGCGAAGAAGUCAAAUUGUGUAGUUUAAUAGUAAGAAGUGGAACAGUUGUUUGAAUAAUCUGAGAACUAUGUUUAAAAUACUUUCUUUCAGAAGUUCAAUAAUGGAACAUUGUAAAGUUGUAUGGGUUUUUAUAGUCCAAACUGUUCUAAAGUCAUCUUUGAGGUGAUUAAAGAAAACCUUUCACAUGUAAUGCACGCUGUAAAUAUGUAAUAUUUCUACAUGGAAACAACAAAAAUAACCACCAGUGACUUUGUGGAGAAGUGAAGAGAAAUUUUCAACUUGUUUUGUACCUUUCUGUUCUGUGUUGUUUGAACUUAGUAACUAUUUACUCUCGCACACACUUAGGGAGUGGGAGAGGAUGAGAAGGAACGGAAGUAAUCCCAUAGUGAAAAGUGGGGGACCUUUUUAUUGUCUUCUUUAUACC